AUGAACCAUUCCCAACGUCCCAAGCGGACCAGCAAUGCCUGUCAACGCUGUCGCUCCCGCAAGGUCAAGUGCUCGGGCACUCAUCCCUGCGACAAGUGCUGCCAGCGUCGCGAGCACUGCGUCUUUGAAGAUGACCGGAAGAUUGUGGUCUCCGAAGAGCUAUUCUUAUCCCUUAAGCGCAAGGUCGAGGCCCUGGAGGGAACCGGCUCCUCCCCCGCAGUUAAGAGACGCCGGGCCUUGACGGCGGACAGUGCCGAUGAGUCCAGCUACGACCAAGCCUCGGAGUUGCCCCGAGAGGCAACCCUCGACCCAACCGAGAGCAAUCGAUAUGAUGACCGAUUCGCUUCCAAUCCCUUGGUUUCUCCAUCCACGUAUCUCAAACACACCGGACGACGACAGCGAAUAUGGCUGUUUCUGGGACCGACAUCGACCUGGUCCUUCAGCCGGAGGGUCCUCAACAUUGUCCAGGCACAUAUAUCGCCGGAGAGCUCACGCUCGAUUCCUCUUGCUGUAGAUGGUGACGCUUACCAAAUACAGUGGCGUCAUGCCAGCUCCGAGGAACCACCUGACAUUAGCGGACUGCCAUCGCUGGAGCAUGCGCUCUACAUGGUGAGCACCGUGCAAUUCCAUUUCAGUCAGUUAUACCGACUGUUCGACGAGGACGAGUUCAUCCGCCAUCUCCAUGAAUUUUAUGACGAUGCGGCAGCCAAGGUGCAGGAAUCUCGCCUGUGGUACGUGCAGUUCCUCGUCAUCCUGGCAUUUGGGGAGGCCUUCUUGGACCCGGUGCGGGACCACGCAAACACGACCAGCUGGACCAAAUAUUUCUCGAGAGCCAUGUCGCUGCUUCCGGAUAUCACCGGGCUAUGGCAGGAGCCUACACUAGCCAUUGAGGUGCUGGCCCUCAUUGCACUGUAUUUUCACUCGGUGGACAUGCGAGAUACGGCCUAUUGCUAUAUCGGCCAUUCAAUGCGCAUGGCACUAGUCGAAGGUUUCCACCGUGCACUGCCAGUGGAUCAAUUAGGACGGAGAUUGGUCGACCGGUGCAACAACAUCUGGUGGACUGUGUAUAUUCUCGAUCGCAAGUUCUCGUCGCUGAUAGGAUCCCCAAACUCGGUUCGCGAUGACGAGAUUACCACACUGCUGUGGGACCCGCGCACUUGUUCUCGAAAUGAGGCGGCGUUGAGCCUCCACGUAAAAAUCACGCAGGUCAUCUCCCGCGUUCUCAACACGGUAUACAGUGCCGAUGGCACGCUCGGUGGGGUCUUUCUUCGCAAAGUGCGAUCCGUUCUGCAAGAGAUGACGACUCUCUCACGCGAGCUGGAUGAUGUCUUUUCGCACCGCUUUGCGAACUCUGUCGAUGCUCUUUCAGGGGUGACCACUCGUCUGACCCUCUCCUGCCAUCUGUGCAUUAUUGUCACCACGAGACCUCUCGUUUUGAGCCUGUUAUGGGAGCGCCUGAGUUGCUUUGAGGCAGGCACAGAGCUCCGCACGCUAUCCCCGCCUGUCCAAGCAUUACUCCAGGCGUGCAUCGACUCCGCCGUGAAAUCCCUAAAAAUAUUGACCGCACUGCGCGAUCAAACCCUCCUCGAAACCUUUCUCCCCUUCGACCUAGAAAACCUCUUCUCCUCCUUCUUCGUCCUCUCCCUCAUCUCCGCCAUCCUUCCCGACGCCCUCACAGACCCCAGCUACCACGACAUGGGCUACACCCUCCUGAAUGCCAUGAUAGACCGCGGGAACCGAGUCGCGCAGCUCCGCAAGUCCGAGAUCGAGCUAUUGGAAGAACUCAUCCAACCCUUAAUCCAGCGCCAGAGCCGAUCCACCGAAGCCGGAAAUUACGCACGACCGCAACUAGCGACGCCCACCAGCCAGGAACGCCUUUCCGAACAAGUACACCAAUCGGUGUCGGGGUUACAUGGGGAAAUAGGGGCUUCGGCCCUUCCGCCCCCACACGAGAUCUCGGAGCAGGAUGACGACCUGCCAGUUGAUUGGCGGGGAUUCGGGCUCUCGUUGGAUUGCAUGCUUUCUGCAGCGGACCAACUCAGCACGAAUAAUCUGGUGCUGGAUGCGGAACGCGACGGGCUGCAGACGGAUCUGUGGUUGUGGGAGAGUUGA